CUGUAAUUUUAUUGGUACGUGACAUGCGUGGAAACAUCUACUAUCAAAUAUUUCAUUGAUAUGGUCAGAAACUGAUAUCUCCAGUCAUUUGAGGAAUUUUCUCCGACAUCCGAGCGUUGCGUAUUUCUAUAGCUGAAAAUGUGCGAAGAAAAAAAGGCAAAACCGAAACGCCCAUCACAUCCAUUCAUUCUGUUUUGUUAAUGCGUAUUUCAAUAUUGUGUGUUCAAUUGUUAUUGUUUCAUCAUUUAUGUUAGUGUUAAUCAACAAAUUAUGAUAUAUAAAUAUAUAUUUGUAUACGUAUAUACAUAAUAAUAAUAAAAUAUUCUGAAAAAAUCCAAGUCGAGAAAAAAAAUUGAAUUUAAGAUUUGAAUAAAUAGUUUUGGUUGUCAACAAAGGUCAAACCCUUUUACUAGAUUUGGAGCUCUGUUUCUGCAAAAAUUUAGGAACAAUGAAUAAAACAUCGUGUGAAAUCCUUUUUGAAAAUAACAAUACGAACAGAGUAUUUUACGGCGGAGAAAAAAUAAAGGGAAGUGUGAUAAUAACAUUUCAUAAGGAGAAAAUUAUUAAAGGAAUAUAUAUAACCUUUGUUGGUAAUGCGGAGUGUCUAUGGAACGAAAAUUCAGGUGAUAAACGGAUCGCAUAUCGUGGGAAGGAAUGUUAUUUAUCGACACGGAUCUACUUUAUUGGCGAAGAAGACGGUGAACCGAUAACACUAAAGCCAGAUGUAUAUAAAUAUAGCUUUUCGUGUCAGCUUCCUGAAGACUUACCAACGUCAUUGGAAGGAACUUUUGGCAGCAUCCGUUAUGCGGCGACUGUUACUAUAAAUGUUCCCAUUUGGCCGGAUAAAAUUUUUGAAAAACCUUUUACUGUCACAAAGCCUGUUAAUUUGAAUGAAAUGUUUGAGCUAAAGGAUUCUAUAAGUGUGGAAAAGCGAAAGGAGUUCUACUUAUGUUGUUUAUUGUUUUGUUUUAAAACAAUGCCAUUGUUAAUUACAGCAAAAUUGCCCUCAACUGGUUUCACAUCUGGUCAGCGCAUAGAUCUAAUACUUGAAGCGGAAAAUCAAAGCACAAAAAACGUAAAAAAUUUCAAAGUGGAGUUUUUCCAAAUUCUAAUUUAUAAAUCGAAUCAAAUGAACUCUCAUCGCAAGGCAGAAAAAAUUCGAUUAAGUGAACACAUACCCGGUGGAUGUGGGCGAGAAAAAAGCGUACUGUACACGAUUGGAAUUGAAAUACCAUCAUCGCCACCAACUGACUUGACGUCAAGUUCGGUGUGCCGAGUGAAAUACGAAAUACAGGUUGUAAUUUAACUGUGCUUCAAGUAGAAUAGAACAUCUGUGCGGGGAAUCACACUCUUUCAAAAAGUUAUGAAUAUUGUGAAUAUUCACGCGUACGUUUGCGUGAAUAUACUGUGAAUAUUCUAAAUAUUGCGCAUAUGAUGUGAAUAUUGAUGUUUGAAUAUUUGUGAAUAUUGUGAAUAUUUGAAUGUGUGAUUCCCCUAGAAUAGAGGUGUCACUGAACAAAAUUUAUUAUUAUUUUACAAUGGGAUAAUUCAUUAUAAUUAACUUUGCUCUCUGCAAAUUUUUACUGUCUCAAGUCAAUGAGCAGAACUGCGUGAAAUAGGGCGCUGAAUAAUGAAUUCUUACUUCAUCGCCUUGAAAAUUUCUUGCUUUAUGGAAUUAUUUAUUUCUUUUUAUUUAUUUACACCGCCCAAAACUGGCAGAAUAUUUAGUUUUGCAGGAAAAUGACUUCAAGAGCCGUGAAAAACCUGAUCUUUUCUUGUUUGUACAAUACCACAAUUAUACAGUGGAUAUUUUGAUUUUACACAAAUAUUGGUUCUCGACUAGUUAAAAAAAAUACAGAUUUUAACCAAAUAAGAAGAUGUCUGUAGGAGGCUGAUAUGUCAACGGUCCAAGAAUGCCUAACUUAAACGUGUAAAAUGAAAGGCCUGUUGAAGCGUUAAACAGUAUAGUUUCGGCCCGAGUGACAACAAAAGUCAUCGUUCAAUUUAUCAAAGAGGUGAUAAAUUGAAGAGAAGUUUUAUGUCUAAUCCAGCGCUGUCCAACCUGUGGCCACUUGGCCAUUUGUGGCCAACGCGAAGAUUCUGAUAAUUUCUCUAUUAUAUUUCUAGUUUUUUCAGUAAAUGAUUUGAUCCUUUGACCAACUUAUUUUUUUCAAACGAAUUUUUGAUUUGCAAGGCGAAAAUAGCAGAAAGAGCAAUAUUGCAGCAAUAAAAACAAAAUAAGUAACUGUAUGUUUGAAGGGUUUUUUUAUUUCUUUCAAAUCCACAUACGUUUGUGAGGCUUCAUUCUCCAGUCUCACACGUCGUUAAAAUAAAUACCGCAAUGCACUCUCACAACCAAAUUUGGAAUCUGAACUUCGUUGCGAACUAGCCCAAUUGAUACCCGAUUUUAAUAAACUGACAGAAAAUAAAGAAUGCCAACCAUCCCACUAAUCACUAAUAACCGAAUAUUCAAUAAAAAAAACAAACAAAAAUCAAAUUUUCUUCUGUGUGUACUGCAUUUCUUGUUUUAUAAAAAAAGUGGCCAUUGGAUUGAACGCUUGGUCACUUUUGUGGCCAACGUAAAAAAAAGGUUGGACAGCGCUGGUCUAAUCUAAACAGGUCCCAUUGGUAGUUUUGAAUCGACAAUUCAUGCCAAGACCAAGAGAUACAAACAAUUUAUACUUAUUUACGCCUGAACAUUGAUUAAACUAAACUUGUUUCCAUUACAUGCAAAUAAUAAUAGGUCAAAACA